AUGAUGUUAUUGGUCAAAAUCUUAUCCAGAAUUCUUGCCCUUGCAGCUACGAUGGCAAUAGAAACUUCACAUCAAGUUGGGAACGUGACUUGUCAUCCGGGAGCGAUCCAGCCUAUCAGAGAGGUUGAUUGCGAUCACGCCAUAAACUCAACAAUUCGCAAAGAUCUGAUCCAAGUGGAUAAGACAAUCGAGAUUUUUCAUGGAAGUUGUAAGGUUCGCUUGCAAGCCGUGAAUGUGACAAAACUUGAGCUUGAUCCUGCCACAGUAAGGCAAGCCAAACUGAAAAUCCUCAACACAUGUGAAAACUAUCCUGGCUUUGUUUGUAUCACCAGCAAUAUCUCUAUUGCGAUCACUUACAGUGAAGCAGGACUUGAUCCAGCAAUUCAUAUAAAAGAUAAAACUGAGAAUUAUUAG